AUUGUGACCCAGCAGGUGAAUUCAACUGGGUACAUUUAUAAUGACUUUCCAUCAGGCAGAUAUGGUAUCUGGGAAAAAAGGACUUGAAUCCAGACCAUGUCCAUCAAACAGGAUUCUGGAACUUGCACAACAUAAAGAAAACAAAACGUUGUGGGUCACAACACCUUGUCCAAAGCUUACCUGGGGCAAUCAGGAGUCAAUAUGGCCUCUGUCUUACUCAGCGCUGGGUGCAGUUCCAACAGAGAGAAUCCAAUACCUAGCUAAGCACAAAAGAGACUUCUCAGCAUGGGAGGACCACCUGAGGAAAGACGAGGAGGUGAUCUCCUCCAGGAAGACAUUACGUUCUUCCUCCAAGACAGCCCAGUACGAGCUCGUUGUCCGCCUGUCAACACCCAAGAGCAGGUCCCGAAGCUCCCAAGAAAUGGGUCCUCCUCACACGUCGUGUUGUGAGUACAGCUGCCCCAUCUGGCACAUAGACCCCAGAGUGAGAACUGCUGAGACCACUCCACGGCUACUACAGCUAGCCAAUCCCAAAGCGAACCACCUCAACUUCAAAAGCAACAAGGAGAAAGUGGAAACAUACAUUUCCUAUGCUGCCAAAACAGCCCAGACCACUCCCAGGCUGGACCAGCUCUCGCUGCCCAAGUUGAGGGACAGUAAAAUGUUCUUUGAGCGAGGACAUCCAGAGGACUCCAUUUGGCCAGUGUCAAGGAGAGCCCGUCAGGCCACAGCAACUUCACGACUUCAAACUCUAUCAGCUCCUAAGGGACUUAAUAAGGACUACAUCCCUCUGAGAGACCUACCACCUUUAUGAGCUUGCUUCUCCGUCAAGGUCCAUGUUGGUGCACAAUGUACUAGGAACAUGGCCACUGAGAAAAGCAAAAUAAAUGGGCACAGAGUACUCAAGGGGUCUCUAAUACAACAACGUCUUGUGCUUUAAAAAAAAUCUGUUUGGCGCCAGAGCCGAGAUGGGAAAACCGGGCGCUUUUGUCCCCCACUGGUUUUGCAAUCAUGUGUAUUGAGAUGUGUUGCUUGGAGCUCUUUUUGACGACAUAGAAGCAAUACAUUACAUUUGUCUUUAGCAAACAGCCAAACCAAACGGUUGCUUUGCUCCAAUAGGCUCUCUUUCCAGAAGAAUGUGUUUUCAUCUUUUGAAAUGAGAGCAACGGUAUGAUAAAAGGAUCCCCAUGUGUUUCGACAUUUCAAUCAUUCUGGGUUCUCUGUUUAUAUCAAAACCACCUGUUGUAAAGAUUCCUCGCGUGUUUUCCUGGAGAUAGUGAAAUCUCAUAGAUUGAUUCAAAAACCAUAUUCUCGCCCCAGGAGCUUUAAAUGUCAGCCUCCCAGUCUAUAUGACCACUAUUUAAUUUACAAAAGGCACCGUGACCUCUGUUUGAAAUACACCGUAAUCCCGGUUACACUACAGGCACAUGUGAGCAUUACCUAAAAGUGGACACAAUAGCUUUCAAUGGGGCUAUGUGGAUUUAGAGCGGUGCGGGAGGUUUGGUGGAGCCGCCAUGAGUGUAGGGCCCGAGCGGAGAGGUGAACAGACCUCGGAGGCUGGACUUCAAAUCAGAUCCAAGCGUCCAACUGGGACCUAAUCUUGGAUAAGCCAGCAAUGAUCGCGACCUUGGACUGCAGGAUAAAGAGGGAUAGAGUGGAAGGUGGAGGAGGGCGAGGAGUGUCAUGACCGUUGGUGCCUCCCACUGGUUGACUCACUUCCCAUGGGGCACCUGUUCCUACAGAGGAGCUCUGAUCUAUGUUGCUGGUUCUCUGUCUGUAUGUGGCAGCCGGCUCUGACACGUUCAUCAAGCUCCAGCUGACACUGAUAGGCUCUGAGUGGGGUGGCUGUCUCACUGUCUGGAUCCCGCCAGUUACAUGAGAUGUUGACGCUUGCAGAGUAUUAGUGAGACUGAUCUGGAUUUGGCAGAGAACUGCAAUGCUAUAUUAAACUACACUUUUUACAAAGGGCUUCUAAACGGUCCGUAAUUACUUUAUAGACAGUUCAUUAUGGAUGUAGUAAUUGGUAAUAAACUGUGUGUGUAAAUAUAUCCCCUCUUUAAACACCUGAAUGAAGAUCACAUUUUUAACUACUGGGGGAAACUAGCUACUUUCACAUUUAGCCACUUAAACCCUAUGAAGAGCUGUCUGCACACAUCUAUUUCCUAUCAACUCUUCACUGCCUCAAUGCUUAAGUAUGCAAACAAAUGUCAUGGUUCAUUUUGUAUCUUAUCGGCCUUGAUUGAUCUUCUCAUAUUUUCCUUGACUAUUCAAGGCUGCACUCAAAUACCCUUUGAUCAAAUAAAAUCUAAAAUAUGUGGUCGGCCUACAUCUUCAACCCCCACACACAUGCACUUCCUCCUAAUGCAGGGAUAACAACAAACCAAGACAUCCUCACUUGCCCCUUUUGGUUUAACUUUAAAUAAAGUUAAAAUCGACAAGAAAAUGUCAUCCUUGUGAGAACUGUUGUCGCUCAUACAUCGAAGCACAUGUGAAUCCUCUUAGUCUAGCAGCUUCUUGAGUCCUGGAAAGUGCGUCUUGGACAGAGUGCAGUUUGGACACUUCUGGAGUCAGUUACUGGGGCCAGCUGGACCAGGCUCUGACGCUCACCAGUCUUGGGGUGACAGAUUCCACACAAGCCUGCUAAGACCUCUUAGCAACAGACAAUGCAGGGCCCAUUCAAAUUCCAUACACACCACAUUGACCUCUUAUAGAGCACUUAACGGCCUUUCAUUCCACUGAAUUGUGGUUCGGAAAUGACAUAACAAGCGGUAUGGCAUUAUCUUCCUGAUAUACUUUGCCAGCUAUCAGCACAUAUCAAUAAAGGUGGAGUAUACUUUUUUUCCCUCUGAUCUUCAAAUAUCCAUUUCUUUAUUGGUUUGUUUACUUAUUUUUAGUUGUUUUGCAGCUGCAACACAAGUCAUAAGAUGGCAUGCAAUGGUUUAAGAGUGGGACAAUAUGCCUUCAGCUGGAGCUUGAUGAAUGUUCAGCAAUUGGUGAGUAAAAGCUGCUCAGCUCUCAACAAACACACUUGUUUUUCCCUCUUUGGGUGUGACUCUCUUUUUACACAGUCAGCUGAACAGGGGAAACAAAACAGACCGGGACAGGAAGAACAGUAUAUACCACUGUGUGUGUUCAGCAUGUGCAGCCAGGACACACAGCUAUCUCUUAUAACACACUGUAAAACAGAGAGGAGAGUUUUAUUAGGACCAGAAGUACCUGAGUUAGUAUAUAUUUUUGUUGUAGGCGGUUCCCACAAUCAGUCCAUCAUUAACCUAAGUUUGUUGGCAGGAUAUCACUCCCUUCUCUCUUUACUUCACGUUAUUUCCCCCAGACAGAUAUUUAGAAACUGGGACAACUGAACCGACAAGUAGGUGGCAUCACCUGCUGGUGGUUGUUUGCUCUUAAACCUCAGCUUACUUGUCUAAAGCCUUUCCCUCCAAAUUUGCCAUCUUCCCUGUUACAUGGCUAGCCGAUUCUGUAGAAUCUGUCGUAAAAUGAGUGCUGCCUCACAUCUUUUAUAGUCCCAUGAAAGCCUAAUGUUA